UAUGAUGAAUCUGAUUACGUCGACCUAUCGCAACUGCUUUCCCCUCCAUCAACCCCACUUGUGCAAGAAGAGACCCUGUUGUCCAUCAGUCAUUCCGGCACACUCAGCAAACGCCCUACAACACACUCGCGCAAGAGCAAUAAUAAGCGCGUCAAGCUCGAAGAAGGCAGCUCGUUAGAUCUUAGCAACGUCGUUUCGAUCCUCGAGUGCCCGCGCGACAUGUCACAACGGGACUUCAGGCCGCUCAGUCUCUGCCUUGAUGGCCAACAUUCUGAACCUGGAGCAACCUACUUCGCACUCAUGCACAGCUUUCCACCACAACCGGAAUCCGUGCUCGCAGCGAACGAUAGCCCGAUGACGUUCGCACCGCAGCCCUUCGAUCCACCAAAAGGACCUCGCAGCAUGAGCACAAUACCACUGAUUUGCUUCUUCUACUAUCACAAGGGCUACUGUAACCCGAAACCCGGAAGGCGAUGCGACUACCUCCACAAUAUGAGCACAUCCCAACAGACAGUGAGCCUACCGCACGGCAUCGACAAUCACGAUCCAACAUGCUCUCUAUCUUUGUGUCCUGUACGUUUACGCAGUCUCGCUCAAGUGAAGCAGGAGCUGGAAUCGUUUGCACCUAGCAUGCAAUCCAAUAUCAAAUACGAGCCGGUGACGCCUCCCGGAAUCAAUAGGUCAACCUUCUUCGAAGUUCCUGACUCUUCUCCGCGCGACGAGAUCAUAGCUGUGCGAGGUAGAACCCCAAAAGGAAUGCUGGGUCAGCCGCUGCCUCAGCUCACAAGUGUCGCCAGGCAGCGAUGCAAGGAGCAGAAACGCCCUAUAGAGCAGAUACAAGCUGAGAACAGCAUCAUUCCGACCAAUGUUGGCGCUGCAAUCGAUUUCGGGGACUGGGCCAUACAGAAGAAGAAGACUCACCGAGGGAAGAAGGCGGGCAGAAAAUUGGCAGAGCGGCUGCGUCGGCAGCAGGAAGAAGAAGAGUCGAUCCGGCAAGGGCUACAUGGGCACUCAAAUGCCUUGCGCAUGCAACGACCGCUGCCUACUCUAUCCGUCAGGGAGGAAACACCCACUCUCGCAAUCCUGCCCCCAGUCGGCAUUCCAAACAGGAAGCGACGGAAGAACCGUAGCAAGAAGCCGCUGCACAGUCAACAUGUUGAUGAGCUGGGGCUUGGAGACUCCAUCGAAGCUGAGGGUAUCCAAGGUUUUACACCAGAUGCUGUGCAAGGAUCGAACCCCUCGUGGACUCUCCAGGGCUUUCCAUCGUCACCACAAGCUCCGAAUCCUCCUGUGGUAUAUGGAGAGAAGCAGGUAAGCAUCGGCAGCGCUCUUGAGAUGGUGGAUGCGAUGAACCAGAGCCCUCGUAAAUGGCGUCCACUCAUGACGAACCCGCAAAGGAUACCUUUUGGGAUGAGUGCACUGUAUGAGCACUCACAGGAAUCCUUGGGUUUGUCAUCGGAGGAUAGAAGGGCGGAGAUCCGCAAGGAGCAGCGUGCAAGAUGUGAGGCUUUCAUCCAAAGGCAGAAAGCAGGACAAGAGGAGAAGGCACAUCUGGCAGCCAGUGUUGUUUCGCCAGAUUCUUUUCACCAGCCCAAUGCUGGCGACAAAGAACUUGGCCCCAAGCCACGCUGCCAGAGGUGCCGUGAGAUGAGGAAGGGCUGUGAUCCUCAAGGACCAUACCGGCGCUGCAACGAUGCAGACUGUGGUGCUGAGGGUUGUGUUGACUGGGAUGGGAACAACGGCAGGUAUGAACGCUGUGAGGAGAAUGUCGAGGGUACCGAUAGCGCCGCCGGGUACCAGCUGCCCGAAGGUGACCAGCGUCUCGAUUGGGGUAAUGAUCUUGUGAGGCGCCUCUUUAGUGAAAUCGAGUAAUGACCACUACAAAUCACCGAGUAAGUAUCCAAGCCACUGACAGUGUUCAGUCAGCUUCUCGAUGCACGCCGGGGUUCGGAGUUGAGGGUCUGAUCAUUCAUGGUGUCUAUGCACUCUAGUAGGGGUAUCAUCCUAGUGGAGGGUUACCGGAGAAUGCAGGUAGUAGUAGAUACAAUGCGAAAGGUCUGUCACCAAACGU